CAUGAGCCGCAUCGUACAUGCGGCAGCGGCUAGCAGAAGGCGUUGGUAGGAGAAAUGACGUUUGUGACUGUAGAAUUGUUUUAUAUUGAUACAGAUUCUUUUGAAUAAAUAUUUUUUGUAGAUGUAGCAACCUUUAUCAAAAAAUCAUUUUGAAGGGAAAGCAUUUCUGAUAGAAUUGUAACCUGAGGAUGGACGCCAAAGAAAUAAAGACCAAUUUGAAGGAGGCAAGGGAAGCUAUUAAAAAUAAAGACUUUAAUACUGCACUGCAGAAAUGCAAGGCUGUUUUGAAAGCUGAUCGUAAUAAUUAUGUAGGCCUUGUGUUGUUUGGAGUUGCAUUGCAAGAAUCUGACAAGAGGGAUCAAGCCCCCAAUGCAUUUAGAAAGGCUAUUGAAGCUUCACCAAAGCAAUUGCUUGCAUGGCAAGGCCUUGCCUCGUUUUAUGAAAAGGAUGAUUCUGAAACAGCCUACAAGGAACUCUACCCAGUAUAUCAGCAGCUACUUAUUCUUGAAACUGAUAUAGGCAAAUAUAGAGAAAUUUGCAAUAAAUUAGCGGAACUAACUCUGAAGAGCAAGAAAUGUGACACUUUUGCUGAAAUUCUGGAUUAUCAAAUUGAGAUUGUAAGUGAUGAGAAGAAAUCUAUAGCAUUGAGAACUCUGGUAACAGUUCUGGGACAAAUUCCAGACCUAAAUGCAAAAUUAUCAGCAAAACUGGAAGAUGCAUUGUCUCUCAUCCUGCAAGAUGAUUUGGAAGAGGAAAAGGAGGACUAUUACAAGAAAUACUUAAAAUUACUUUAUAAGUGUAAAAAGUAUAAGGAACUUAUGAAUGAAGCAAUAAAUAUGCAUCUUUUGUAUAAAAAAAUGGAAUAUCCAUUAGAAUGGAUAUGCAAAUGUUACAGUGAAGCUACAGUACAUUGUCUUCAAUCUGUUAAUCAUGUUAACAGUUGUAUUGAAGAUUACAUUACUAGACUUCUUGCCCUAAACCAGAACUCAGGCCUAGCACUGCUUGCAAAAGGUGCUAAACUUUUUAAUGAUGGUAGUUUUACUGAUGCCUGUGAGGUAUUGAAACAAGUGGUACCAAUGAUGCCAAACUCGUGUUAUGUUUAUGUUUUGCUGUGCCAGUGCUACCUUGCAACAUACUGUUUUGUUGAUUCAGAAUUCUGUGCUAGAGAGGCACUAUCAAAAUUAGUAAAUCUCAACCAGCCACAGGAAGAUAUGAAACAUCUCUUGAAUUUUGCCCUUGUAAAAUCAUUGUGUAUGCAAGGUAGAGAAAAGUGUGAGGAAGCUGUCAGCAAAUGCGAGGAGAUUUUGUCAUCUUAUGGCUUGAGUGCUGACAUUCUCAUCUGUAUGGCAAGAGCAUACAUCUCUCUAGAUGAGUUUGAACAAGCAAGAAAGUGUUUCGACAUAAUAGGGAAUGAGAACAAAUCAUCUGCGUUACUACUUGAAGCACUUAUGUUGAAAAAAGAUGGUAAAUUUGAAGAAGCUCUGGCUGCAUUAAAUGCAGCAGCAGCUACUGAUCCCAGCCAGUCAGAAAUAUGGUUGGAAAAAGGAAAAUUGCUUUGGGAGAAAGGAGAGCAUGAUGAGAGUUUGAUAGCUUUCCUAAAGGCAACCAAACUGGACCCAAAUAGCUAUUAUUGUUUUGUGUAUUUGGGAAGAUAUUACAGUCUAAAUGACAAAGAUCUUGAUAAAGCUCGACGCUGUUAUCAGAAAGCAUUUCAACUUAAUCCUCGGGGUGAUGAGGCUGGGAUUGGACUCAGUGAUACCUACAGGCGACAGAAGUAUGUGGAUCUGAAUCUGCAACUUUUGAACUACAUAACUGAAAAAGCAGGUCCUGGAGGUGCCAAGUGGGCAUGGCUUAGGCUUGGAUUACAUCACCAGGAUCAAGGUAACAUUGAUGAGGCUAUUAACUGCCUACAGUCUGCUGUACGUGCCGACCUGUGUGACAGCCAUUGUUGGGAGAGUUUAGCUGAUGCUUAUUAUGCAAGAGGAUCAUAUAAUGCAGCACUAAAAUGUUAUGAACAUGUUCAGGAGCUGUCUCCUGAUGCCUUGUAUCCAGCAUAUCAAAUUGCUUCUGUAAAACAACUUGUAGGCUCCUUUGUUGAAUCUGUGAGUGACUACAGAGCUGUGGUUGCUGCCAAUCCAAAGUAUGUGCCUGCACUUAAAGGACUGGGUGAAACCUGUUUGCUGUUGGCAAGAUCGUACGCAUCACAGAAGCUUAUUGGUCGUUGUAAGGAUUCCUGUCAGGAGGCAGUUGAUGCCCUCUCUAGAGCUGUAGAAGAAAGAAGAAAUUUGGCUUGUCUUUGGAAGCUGUUGGGAGAUGUAUUCAAUCUAAUACAAGGCUUUCCAGAAGAGCUUGCUACACUUCGGGUUCAGUCAUGGCUUGCUCAGACAGAACCAACUGUUAAUCUUGAGGAAGGAGUGAAAUAUUUAAGCAAAGAAGAAGUGUUACAGCUCGGAGCUCGGUGUUACUGCAGAGCAUUGACUCUCUCACCACAUAGUGAUCUCAUAUGGCAUGAUCUAGCUGUGAAUUACCAAUACCAAGCAGAAAAUACUGCUAUGCGAAAUCUCAAAAAUCAGCUGCGAAACUGGGCUCUCAAAGCUGCAAAGAAAUGUGUUACACUGAGUCCCAGAAAUUGCCAGCACUGGAAUUUACUUGGAGUUGUUGCAGCAUCUCCUGAAAUAAACAAUUUGAAGUUAGCACAACAUUCCUUCAUAAAAGCAAUAGAGCUGGAGAAAAACAAUGCAGUACCAUGGACCAACUUGGGGACACUCUAUUUAUGCCUCGGAGAAAUAAAGCUUGCAAACAGAGCAUUUGGUAAAGCUCAAAGGGCGGAUCCAGAGUAUGUGGAAUGCUGGAUUGGCCAGGCUCUCAUAGCAGAAACUGUAGAUGUCCAGGAAGCAAUGGAUCUUUUCAGACACACAACUGUGCUUGGAGUACACCCUGAGAGUUGCUUGGGCUAUGCCCAUUGGGUUUGCUCUACAUUACUAAACACAAAAACUCAUCAGAAAGAUGCACAUUACAUUUACAGUGUAGAGAAAAUGCAUGCUGUACCUGUAGCGGGUGAUUCUAUGAUGUGGUACACUGGUGUGAUACCAAAAGAUGCAUGUGCACUUAAUAUGCUUGGUCUGCUGAUGGAAAGACAGCAGUUGUACGGGACUGCAGCUGCUGCAUUUUGUAAGGCUUUGCAGCUGCUUGAAUCUGAGGAAGGUGAUGAAAAGCGAGACAUAGUUUUUGCCAAUUAUGGAAGGGUUUUGGUACAGCUACAGCAAUAUGACGCAGCAAUCAAAUCAUACUUACAAGUGAAGAAAGCUACAUUCAAGACACAGUGUGGAUUGGCUGUUGCUUAUUUCAAAGCUGAAAAAUAUGAGGAAUCAUAUGAAACGUAUGACAGUGUCCUUCAUUGGCUUGCUUCUGAUGAUGGCUUGAAAUCUCAUGUUCUUGUUGCUAUGGCAACAAUGGCUUAUAAAUUCCAGGGAGUUGAAGACUCAAAGACAUUGCUGUUACAAAGUGCACAACUAAAACCACCAUCAGUUGAAGGAUAUUUUGCUUUAUGUGCUCUUGGAAUGCUCAAUGAAGAUCUGAACUUGACAGAAGUUGUUCUAAAGGAACUUGUUAGCUAUGAUGAUGAUCCAAAUUAUGUUAUGCAUAUUGCAGUUUUCAGAGCAUACAUGCAUUUUAUUCAGAGACGCACAGUUGAAUCGAAGCGCAGCCUGAGUGGUGCCGUUCAUCGUCAUCCUGGCGAAGCAUCACUGUGGUUGUCUCUUGCCCUGAUGUUGCUGCAUCUUUAUCCUCGUUGCAAUCCUGCCGGAGCUGCACAGUGUGCGCAGGUUGCACUCAGUCUUGGUCGUGGAAGCAUGGAUGUUUCUAAGGUCAUGUCAUUGGUGAGCUUAAGCCACUUGCUUUCUGGAAAAGCUAAAGCCAGUCUAAGUAGCUCACAGAAAGCAGUCCACAUGUUUCCUGACAUACCUGAAAACUGGGUAGUGCUUAUAGCAUCAUUUUUACCAUGGUGCAUUUUGAGCAGCUCUUGUCAGAGCUUGCACUGGAUGAAGCAGUUAAUAGGACACGUUCGCCGAAAAAUGGAAGCUUCGAGGCAAAUGAACAAGUGGCUCAGUAGCCAUGAGCGCAAGGUUACACUGCUUGCUGAGGAGUUCACAGUCAAAGCAUAGGCUUGGUAUCUGUCUUCCAAAUGAAUUGUGAUAAAAGGUGGUGCUUUAACUUUUUUGUUUGAUGUGUAUACUGAAGUGCACUUUGAAGAAAACACCAAUGUUUAAAAGAAAGAAGACUGAAACUCUUAUUUAUGCAGUACAAGCAUUUAAUAUCAAAUGUUUUAUGAAUGUACUUUAAUAAAGACCUUUGUCUAAGCCACUACCUAUACAAGAAGUAUUUUAUUGCUCAUGACUAAAGUAAAAUAAAGAGCGAUUGGAAUAGCA